CAGCAGUAAAUUUUAGAUUUAGGAAAAUACUAUACUUUGCAAUAAAAACACAAACUUCAAUCCCACUGCGAAUAGGAAUGAAAUGGGAAUGCUUAUACCAAGUUAUACAGCAAAGUAAUAUAUAAAAAAGGCAUUUGUCUCAUAUUUAGGCCUCGGCCCCUUCACCACAACAUUUCUUCUUUUCAAAAAGUCAAACUCGGCCCAACUUUAUCUUGUUACCUAUUCAGUGCAAUCCCUACACAAUGCUGUCUUCUUUCUCUCGGAACAAUCAUUUGAAUAACCUGUUGUUUGUUCUGUGGGAUUUGCCGUCAAUCUGAUGGUGUGGUGCUGCUGAAGGUGGGACUGUCUAUACCGUCUUUAGGAGGAUGUUUCACUUAUUUUGUUAGUUUGAAUUUGAAUUGAUUUAAUCUUUCACUUCUUUGAUUUAGCUACAACUAUUCUGGCCAUCUCCUGCUCGGCGACACAUCCUCCUACAAUAACUAAUUCUAGGAAGAAUCCACUCGCUGUGCACUAUUGACUCAGCCGCUGAGCUAGUGGGUUCGUUGCUUCACAUAUUUGAAUGCACAGCACACCUUGCCUGCCAAUCAGCUAGCUUUGCCCCCACUUGUCACAAGUGUGAUGGGUUUUGCACAGAGCACCCAGCAGAAACUUUAGUUAAAAGUGUUUGGGUUCAUUUCAUGAAUUUUAAGCUGUGAGAGUGACAGGAAAUGGACAAUAUAAAUGGAAAUUGCUUGACAGUAAAGAACUUGAACUCAGCAGCACUAGCCACAUUAUUGUCUGCAGAAAGUGAACAUGUUGAUAAUGGUGAAUUAAACAGACAACCAGCAAUGGGUUUCUCAUAAUCCCAACAAAGAGAUCAAUCAGUUUGAAGCCUGAAGGCCUCACUGAAACUGUCAUAUAAGCCCAAUAUCCAUCCGUCACACAGGUGCGUCUGAUGUGGAGAAGAAUCUGACGAAAGCGGUCUUUUCCAACUACAACCUUAAGGUCCGGCCAGCCAUCAGCCCUGAGCAGAGAGUGGUGGUCCGUGUGGGCAUGAUCCUCUCCUCCUUCGUUGGACUGCUUACUUCUGUUUGUUAAUAUCCCCUUGGUUCUCUUCUCUAUAGCACCCAUAUGUACACACCAAUGCACAUACCCAUUCAGCGUCACAUUUACACACACACAUCUACAGUGAACAUGCUCCUUACACCUCCACCCAAGGUCAGUCUCACUCUGGAGAGGAAGUCAUAUGGGACCAUAAUGCCGGAGUGGAACGAUCUUGAAAACUGACCCACUUGGAUGCUCAGAACUAGUCAAGCUGAUAACAGCAGUGCUACUAUUAACAUCCCACCCUGAGGGACAUCCUGAGGUGAAUUCAGACACUUAGUGGAAAAUAUGAAAAAUGAAGAAAUGAGCACGACUGUUGUCAUGAAUCUGGAGUGGACAGAUUAUCGGUUGUCGUGGACGCCCAAGCAGCAUGACGGGAUUGAGGUGCUGCGUGUCCCCGCGGCGAAGGUUUGGCUGCCUGACAUCGUCCUCAUCAAUAAUAAUGACGGGAUAUUUGAUGUGGCCCUGCAUGUCCACGUUCAGAUUUAUUAUAACGGCAGGGUAACCUGGACUCCCCCUGCUCUCUACUGCAGCUCCUGUGGAGUAAAGGUAACAUAUUUCCCGUUUGACUGGCAGAACUGCACCAUGCAGUUCCGCUCCUACACGUAUGAUGCGACGGAGAUCGACAUACAGUACGCGCUGGACUCGAGAGGCAAAGAGAUCAGGGAGAUCCAACUGGACGAAGCCUUCAGUGAGAGCGGCGAGUGGCACAUCAGACACAAGCCGAGCAGGAAGAACAUGAACGAUGAUAAUUACGAGGACAUGACCUUCUACCUGAUCAUCGAGAGGAAGCCCCUGUACUACGUGUUGAACAUCAUCCUCCCCUGCAUCCUCAUCACCAUCAUCGCCAUCUUCAACUUCUACCUGCCUCCUGAUGCAGGAGAGAAGAUGGGUCUGUCCAUCAACGUGCUGCUCACCCUCACUGUCUUCCUGCUACUGCUGGCCGAUAAGAUCCCAGAGACGUCGCUGGGCGUCCCCAUCAUCGUUAACUACAUCAUGUUCACCAUGAUCCUGGUCACGUUUUCUGUCAUCCUCAGCGUGGUCGUACUCAACCUGCACCACCGCUCGCCCAGCACCCACCAGAUGCCCAUGUGGGUCCGCAAGAUCUUCAUCCACACGCUGCCUCCUUACCUGUGCAUGCUGCGGCCAAAAGUAGAGACCCCCCUGUCCCUGCAGACGAUGCCCCGGCGGGAGAAGAAGAUAGUGUGCAUUAGCAAAGUGGCUGACGAAUACUUCAUCCGCAAGCCAGACUCCUCCAUCUUGUUCCCCAAGCCCAACAGAUACCAGCCGGAGGGCAUGUGUACGGAUCUGAGAAAGUUUAUUGACGGCCCCAGCAGCUAUCUCACGCUACCUGAGGAGCUGAAGACAGCCAUAGAGGCCAUCACGUACAUCGCUGAGGCCCUGCAGGCUGAGAAGGACUACGAAGCACUGAGGGAGGACUGGCAGUACGUAGCCAUGGUGGUGGACCGCAUGUUCCUCUGGAUCUUCGUCGUCUUCACCACUGUGGGCACCUUGGCCAUCUUCGCCGAUGCCAGCACGAACGACACACCCACCGACCCCUUCAGAUCCCCCUGAAGCAACACCCGAGUCCUCAAAUGUGGUUAACAAACACUUAAUGUCAAAGAUAUGUACUGGAGGCUGCAUACUUUACGAUGAACUUUAGCGUGUAAAAUGACAGCGAUGAACAGCAAACUUCAUUGUGAAUUUUAUAAUGAUCAAGUUUUCAUAUUGGGCAACAUGUGCGCCAAUAUGUCCUGGAUAGGCAAAUAAUGGCCGACAAUAUCAGUCAACCAAUACAUAUCAGCCCGGCUCUACUAAGAAUCACUCUGUCAAACUGCCAAAUGGUUCUCUGGGUGUAGUUCAACAUAGGCCCAUUGUGCCAAGAAUUGAGAAACAAGAGCUUCAAACGCUCCUGAACUUCUCGGCCUCUGUAUCGUUACAUGUCUCUUAAGCAGAUGUCUUCCCACUUCUCUUGAUAUAGAUAGACCAUGUGAACUGGGCAUUGAUUAUUGCAUGCAUCGAGCCAAUGUUAGCGUACUGAUGUGUAUAAAUGUACAGCUCUAAGCUA